AUGCAGACUAUGGAAUUGUUCGAUUAUUUAAAUGAAUCUGAUGAUUCAGAACCUUUAAAGAAAAAGAUCAGUGAAUAUGGGCUAGCUGCCAUCAGCAGCAAUUUAGACCAGCCCAAUAUCCUUUACAACCACGACAUAUACAAUGACACAAACAAUAUCAUAACAAAUAACAUCAAUGGUAUCACCAACGAUAUGAAUAUUAACAACACCAUAGUCUCAAAAAAUACACAGGUUAUUAAAGAUAACUACGAUCUAAUUAAUAAUAACAAAUCAACUUUCUACUCGAAUUCAAACUCGAACUCAAACAUGAAUAACGAUAUAAUGGAUAAUGAGUAUCUAAUAAAUAAUCACACAAAUAUAACAAAAUCAACAACUAUAACAAAUUCCAACUACAAUCAUAAUAAUAACAACAAUCAUAACAACAAUAACAACAACAACAAUAAUAAUAGCAAUAGUAAUAAUAAUAGCAAUAGUAAUAAUAAUAUCAAUAGUAAUAAUAAUAUCAAUAACAUUAAUAAUAAUGCCAUUAUAAAUUCUCUGCAGAGCUCAAGUAAAAACAUCCUCAAAAAUAAUGACUUUAACAAUAACCUAAACAAAUCUUUCAAUCAACCAAAUAGUAGUUAUAACGAAAAUUUUUAUACUCCAAAUUCAAAUCCAAUCUCCAAUACAAAUGUAUUACCAAACUCUCAAUUUAAAUCAAGCUUUACUUCAAAUUUUAAUUCAAAUAUUUAUUCAAAUUUUAAAGAUGAAAAUAUAUUAUACAACAACAACAACAACAACAACAACAACAGUAACAACAAUAAAACUAUCAAUAAUAAAAUACAGAAUUAUGAUAAAUCUCAAGAUAACGAUAUACUAAUGACCCCAAUAAACAACAUUAAACCUCAUAUCAUCUAUAAUGAUAAUAACCAAUUUGAUAAUUCAAUCGAUAACAAUAUCAAUAAUAAUAAUAUUAAUAUUAAUAAUAAUAUUAAUAUUAAUAAAAAUACCAAUAAUAUCAAUAAAAAUCUUAACAUCAAUAUUAUUAAAAAUAAUAAAAACAUCAACGCUAAAAUUAGCACUAACAUUUUACUGGCAAAACUAUCACAAACUCCUCCUUUAAAUCAAAUAAAAUCUGUCAACUUCAAAACUUUUUCAAAUCAAAAACUAAAAGAAAGAGGUCCGAUUUCACACUUAAAAACUCCUUUAAGAUCCAAUUUAAAAUCUUCUUUACGAUCUAAUCUAAAAUCUUCAAGCUCAAUUCUAAAUCCAAUUAAAAUUUCCCUUUCAAAAUCUCAAUCUCAAUCUCAAUCUCAAUCUCAAUCUCAAAUUCAAUCUCAAAUUCAAUCACAAACAGAUCCUCAACUUCAACCCCAACCACAAGUACAUCUUCAACCCCAACUAGAACCUCAACCUCAAUCUCAACCACAAUUUUCAAUUUCAAAUCUUCAACAACAAGUCCACAAUCAACUAAACUCUUCUUUGAGAGAUACAAUUGAAGUCAAUAACAACUCUUAUGAAAUUAUUGGAAAAAUCGGUAAAGGAGGUUCAUCAGUAGUCUAUAAAGUCAAAUCUCAAACAAAAAAAAUUUAUGCUAUAAAAAAAGUAUUCUUUGAUCAAGUCGAUGAAACUGUCGUUAAAGGUUUUAAAGGUGAAAUCGACUUGUUAUUAAAAUUAAGAAAUCAAAAUAGAGUUGUAAAAUUAAUCGACUACUAUUUGGAUAAAGCUAAUUUAUACGUUGUAAUGGAGUGUGGUGAAAUAGAUUUAGCAAAUGUUUUAUCUCAAAGGUCCUAUGAUCCUUUAGAUGUUGAAUUUGUCAGAUUUCACUCAAAGGAAGUCCUAAAAUGUGUUGAAGCUGUUCAUCUGGCAGGAAUCGUUCACUCGGAUUUAAAACCUGCAAAUUUUUUAUUUGUCAAAGGUAAACUAAAAAUUAUAGAUUUUGGUAUAGCUAAUGCUGUUCCUGACUAUACCGUAAACAUCUACAGAGAUAACCAAAUAGGCACUUUAAACUAUAUGGCACCUGAAGCCUUACUUGAUGAUAAAGUCUCUUCAUCCACUCAUAGCUCAACUUGGAAAGUUGGUAAGCCUUCAGAUAUCUGGUCCUGUGGUUGCAUAAUUUAUCAAAUGAUUUAUGGGAAACCACCUUACGCUCAUCUUACUGGCAGCAAAAGAGUGCUUGCUAUCAUUAAUCCUGAUGUUAAAAUAUCCUUUCCUGAAAAGGGACUUGGUGAUGUUGCUGUUCCUAGAACUGCAAUAGCAACAAUAAAAGCUUGCUUUCAUAGAAACCCUCAAGAUCGUUGGACUGCUAUUCAAUUAUUAGAUGGACCUUUUAUAAAACCUACUGUUAUAAAUAAAGAGUUUGUUAAAGGUUUACUUAACAGUGCAUUGGUUUAUGGAGCCAAAAACAAUAAUAUUAAAAAAGAAACCGUAGAUAUGUUGGCCGAUGAUGUUUGGGGAAAAAUCCCAGAAUUUAAUUUUUAAAAAUAAAAGGAAAUAUUCAUGU